AAUGACAUGAGUUUCUUCUGUCCGUUCCCCAGGGUGGUUCCUGCGUGUGCUGACAUGGGCUCAUUCUCUUGCCUCCCUGUUUGUCUGCUUGGUGCCUUAUGGCAGCUGGAAACAGUGUUCUGUGCUCAGCCUAACACAAGGACUUGAGAACUGAAGGAGACUCGAGGAACUCAGCUUGCAGUCUCUGACCAGCUCCUGGAGCACCAAAGGCCGAGAAAACUGGCUGCCAUGCCUGACCACACGGACGUCUCCCUCAGCCCGGAGGAGCGAGUCCGUGCCCUCAGCAAGCUGGGCUGUCAUGUCGCCAUCAGUGAAGACAUCACUCCUCGCCGCUACUUCAGAUCGGGAGUGGAGAUGGAGAGGAUGGCGUCUGUCUACUUGCAAGAAGGAAACCUGGAAAAUGCCUUCGUCCUUUAUAACAAACUCAUCACCUUGUUUGUAGAAAAACUUCCCAAUCACCGUGAUUACCAGCAAUGUGAAGUUCCGGAAAAGCAGGAUAUCAUGAAGAAACUGAAGGAAAUUGCAUUCCCAAGGACAGAUGAAUUGAAAAAGGACCUUCUAAAGAAAUAUAAUACAGAAUACCAAGACUACUUGCAAAGCAAAAACCAACACACAGCCGAGAUCCUCAAGAAACUGGAGCGUCAGCGGCUGAUCGAGGCAGAGAGGAGGCGGGUCGUCCAGAUGCGGCGGCAGCAGCUGGAGUCAGAGCAGUUUCUGGUUUUCGAAGAUCAGCUCAAGAAGCAGGAGCUGGCGCGAGGGCAGACCCGGAGCCCGGAGCGCCUGGGGCCGUGGGAGCAGGUGGAUGGCAGCGCCUUGUCCUGCCUCUCCGGGCACCGCAAGGAUCCCUCGCCCAACACGGAUGCCAGCGAGGCCACCGACCGUGCCAGCCACCCCCCUCUGGCCACCGGGGCCUUAAAGCCAGCGGCGACCCUCAGCGCCGUCCAGGAUUUGGUGGUUGAAGGACUGCGGUGUGUGGUCAUAGCAAGAGACCUUUGCCACAGGUUCCUGCAGCUGGCGGAAUCGAACACCGUGCGGGGGGUGGAGACCUGUGGCAUCCUCUGCGGGAAGCUGACGCACAAUGAGCUCACCAUCACCCACGUGAUCGUGCCCAAGCAGUCUGCGGGACCAGACCACUGCGACGUGGAGAAUGUUGAAGAGCUCUUCCGCGUGCAGGACCAGCACGGUCUCCUCACUCUGGGCUGGAUCCAUACGCACCCCACCCAGACCGCGUUCUUAUCCAGCGUGGACCUUCACACUCACUGCUCCUAUCAGCUCAUGCUGCCAGAGGCCAUUGCCAUUGUCUGCUCUCCAAAGCACAAAGACACCGGCAUCUUCAGACUCUCCGACGCUGGCAUGCUUGAGGUUUCUUCCUGUAAGAAGAAGGGUUUCCAUCCGCACACCAAGGACCCUCAGCUGUUCAGUAUAUGCAGACAUGUGUUGGUAAAAGACAUAAAAAUAGUUAUGUUGGAUCUGAGGUGAUAAAUUCUGAAGACUAGCACCAUGGACUCCAGACACCUGCCCAUGGACCAUAUGGUUGCCAGAUUUUAUGAAGCUGUUUCCAGAAAUGAUGCCAUUUUGUAUUUAUAUAUUUUAGACCAGAAAGUUUGAUAUUUAUUGCUUUUGCACAUCUUGACGUUUCCCUUCUGGGUUUCUCUGUCUCAGGAGGUCGCAGUGGUGUUGAAUCAGUGCCUCUCAGUCACCCAGAUGCUAAGGCCAGAUAAUAAACUGUGCUGCACACAG